UGAACGAGUGUUGCAGUAACUGUCGCGCUUUCAUUGUAUUAACACAUUUCAGAGUCACCGUCAAUAAGAGUGUGUUACAGGUGCGAUACAGUGUCUCACACUAGAUAUAACCUUUGCAAUAUUGCCUAAUGGAUACUAAUGGUUGAGACAUAAAGGGAAAAAAUAAAGAUUCAUGACGUCAUGAGGCUAAGGCUAAAACGUCACUCCUCAAUGGAAUGGUUCUGGAAAGCGCAUAUGAUUUACGUAACUCCAGGUGUGUUGUUGCUAGUGGUGAAUGGUCUUGUAAACUCUGUUCCAGUACCAGAUACAAAAGGUACAAGCUUCGAAUUUUCAACGCCGUUUUGUUCUAAUGAAAAUCCUGCAAAAAUGCACGUAAUUCCCCAAUCAACGGAAGCAGUUAAUGUCACGCUGGAAUCAUUGAUUGAUCAGGAUCAUUCCUCGAGUUCAUCAUUCGAGAUUAGAGCAAAUGAUAGUCUACAUUUACAACUUGCUUGCAAUCAAUUUGUAUGGGAGUCUCCAACAACAAUGGGUUUUCUGUUGAAAGCAACAGCAGAAGUGUCAGUGUACAUAGAUUAUAAAGACGAUAGUUAUAUAUUGAUACCCUCAGAUGCUUUUGGCUAUAAUUAUAUAGUAACGUCAAUAACUACGUCCAAAUUAUCAGAGUCCUUUAUGGUGAUACAUGGCAAUAAUUCAUAUGUGGAAUUAACAUUGCCGCAGGGUAUCCAAUCUCAAGUUUCAAUUAGCGGAACACAAUACGGAGGAGGCUCAAAAAUUAACAUUUCCUUACCUGCAAGUGGAGUCAUUGGGAUAAAAUGUUCUUGCGAUCUUACCGGUGCUACAGUAGAUUCCGCUCUUCCAAUUAGUGUACUCGUCGGCAGCUUUGACACUAGCUUUUCUUCUGUGGUGUUGGAACAACUUCAAGCUAAGAACACGUGGGGAAGAAAAUUCAUUUUCUCUCAUUCAUCUUUGAUUGCUCAAAACGUAACUGUGAAAAUUACUGGCUUACAGCUCAAUACCGUUAUAACAAUAAAAACAAAAGAUACGUCUGCAGAAAAAACGUUUCUGAACACGCCAGUCUUAUCUAUGCAACUUGCCUUAAGUGACUUCCUCUCCAUAGAAACAAAUUCUUCCGUUGCCUGUGCUGUUUUGUAUGAACUAAUCGAUACUCAAAGUGUUGGCCAUAUGGCGCUGUCGUUUCUGGUACCUGUUGAAUUAUAUCAUUCAAGUUCCUCAUUCACAUUUAACUCAGUUGAUUCAGUUUACGUCAGUUUAAUUUCAACUUCGAGUAGCUUUAAAUAUAUUUCAUUUAAUGCAACCACAGAUAACCCUUUUGAUGACGCAAUGACCUACUGGUGGAAUUAUUUCAUUCGCACAAAAAUCGAAGUAUUUAGACCUAAUAUUUUACAUACAAAUGCUAAUAAUGCAGUGCCUUUUUAUGGAACUGUUGUACGCAGAGACAACACUUCCGCAUAUGAAUACUCUCUAGGUAUGCGUAUAACAAGUCUUUAUAGCGCAUGCGUAAAAACAAAGCCUUCAAAUGGCGGGAAUGGAGAUGGUUUAGACAACGACUGUGAUAACAAAAUUGACGAAGAAAAACUUAACAAAGUUGAUGACGAUAAUGACGGUUUAAUAGAUGAAGACGUUGCUUAUGCAGGAAAAAUCAAGCACCAGUCGAGUCAGUCAGCUUGGGAAUAUCAUUUGACACAUAAAGAAAAAGGCGAAAAGUUUUCUUCUUCAGUGAUAAGUAUAGUGAUACCGUUAUCAGCAGCGUUGACUGCAGUUGUUCUCUUUAUUGGGGCAAUGUUUGUGGCUGAGAAGAUAAGACGAUCUGGCAUAACAACAAGGGUCACUCCUAUAUAUUUGCAACAACAACAAGAGCCAAUCCUACAACGAUAUUGAUGAUUAAUGCUGGACGGUUUGGCUGAAAGGAACACAAACACAUAAACACUUAUCAGACGAACAUUAUUAUUAUUAUACAUAUUUUAAAGAUUUAAAUUUUGAAUCAAAAA